AUGUCGGCACCAUCAAUCCCCAACCUGCUCUCCUUGCGGGGCGGGGUAACCGGGCGAGGCCGGGGCCGGGCCCGAGGUGGCCUGGGCCGGGGUGGUACUCCGGGAUCCGGGCCCGGCCCCAGUCACGAUGCAACAAUACAGGGCACCGACACCGACGCAGCCGUCUCGCGUUUGAGCGCGGUGGAACUGGGCUAUCUAUCAGAUCCCUACGCCCGGCUCUUUGUGCAAGGCCCUGCUACUCGCCGUCUCCCCAUCAUCAAUAGAGGCACCUAUACGCGGACCACCGCUAUCGAUGCUCUCGUCGACCGCUUCCUCGCCUUCACCAGUCCAGAUGAGCCUAGGCAAAUCGUCUCCCUAGGCGCGGGCACUGAUACCCGCUGUCUGCGUCUCUUCGCUUCAGCCCAACACCACCGCAAUAUCAUCUAUCACGAAAUCGACUUUCCAGUAACCAUGGCCCGUAAACAAGCCCUCAUCAGCUCUACCCCUCUUCUACGGACGCUUCUAUCUACACCAGAACCGCUCUUCCCCGCCGCAUGGCACUCCCACUCACUCACCCCUCCUAACGACCAAAACGACAGCAACAACAGCAACAAAAACAACACCCUCACCCUCCACGGCCUCGACCUGCGCACCCUAACCACCUCCACCCCUCCCCUCCCCAACCUCCUCCCCACCGCCCCAACCCUCCUCCUCUCAGAAUGCUGCCUCUGCUACCUAGCCCCCUCCCACGCCAGCGCCGCGCUCUCCCACUUCAGCGCAUACCUCCCCGACCUCGCCCUCGUGCUGUACGAGCCGAUCCUGCCGCACGACGCCUUCGGCAAGACGAUGGCGUCCAACCUGGCGGCGCGCGGGAUCGACAUGCCGACGCUGGAGGCCUACCCCACGCCGGCCGACCAGGAGCGGCGGCUGCGCGAGGCCGGGUUUGUGGAGGUCCGCUCGCGGAGUGUGGAUGGAAUUUGGGAGGGCUGGGUCGGGGAGGAGGAGAAGGAACGGGUGGAUUCGUUGGAGGGCGGGUUGGAUGAGGUGGAGGAGUGGCGGUUGUUGGCGGGGCAUUAUAUUGUUGCUUGGGGAUGGAGGGGUGGGAAGGGGGAUUUGGAUGUUGAGGGUGGUGGCGUGGGUGGUGGAGGGUAG